AUGGUGAAGUUGCAAGAAAAGCCGAAACCACUGGAUAUGACACUCAAGAUCAUUGGGAAUUCAGCGGUCGUCAUGAACACGGUCGCGAGAGACCCCAAGGAACCUGAGAUACGUCCUGAACCGGCAGAAGAGACCCAUUCUGACCUGGGCCCAGAAGUUAAGAUCCUGGAUCCAGGGAAUGUCCCUGAUGCCGAGGAUAAUGUCCGGGCUCAAGACCCGUCACUAGAUGUCCAGUCACAGACGAGCUGUCCUGCACUGAUCCAAAGGCUGGAGGCGGGAUAUGCUCGAGUGAUGCGAGUCUCUGCUGAAGAACUGAAUCUGGAACCCGCUGUAUAUCUCAGAGAAGGUAGCAACUGGAUGGCACAGCUACGAAACCAACUCAUCAUGCUCCCGGAAAUCGAAGAACUGACCUCGGAAUGUAACAUCGACGAAGCUAUUGUCGGGGUUCCAGGGGUCACAAUUCCAGAGAUGGAAGCCAAGAUGAGAAGGAUCCUGAAAUGUCAUCGCAGCAUCUUCCUGGGAUAUGGCAACGCAGCCCCGAUCCCGGCUAGGGGCGUAGUGAGCGAUAUCGACGUGGGUGAAGCAAAACCAGUAUCUUUGCGUGCGAGACAGAUUGCUGCACCUUUUUUGGUGAAGGUGUUUAAACUCUUGAAGAAGUUAUUGGAGGCGGGGCUCAUUGAGCAUUCAGAGUCCGAGUGGUCAUCACCUAUUGUGAUUGUGCUGAAGAAAAACGGCGUAGACAUCAGGAUGUGCAUUGACUAUCGACUUCUGAAUUUGCUCAUUAAGCUAUCCCGCUAUCCUCUACCCCUGAUUGAUGAUCUGUUGGUAGACUUUAAAUCCGCGAUGUGGUUUAUGAGUCUCGACAUGGCGAGUGGAUUCUGGGCGCAGAGCAUCAUCAACAACUGUCAGUGGGGAUUUGCCCGUCUACCUCCUGAAGAGAAAGCAAUGGUUGACCCAGAAGUGCUAGCGUUCCUGAAUCUCGAGCCUCAAGAAACCCUGAAACCUGAAGUGGAUAUGAGUGAUGCAGAGAUUCCAUCAUUGGACAUGACUGUAUUCCGACGCAAUAUCCCGGUUCCGUCACAAAUGGGUCCGGUCUUGGGAAGUAGCUCGUAA